UCUCUGAACUAAGCGUUACUCUCCCUUUCUCUCUAGCCGGCCUUCAGCUCCAUAAUCUCUAUAUAAGCAUGACAUACCAAUUCCACACUCAAACCGAACUCCUCAACACCUUUAAUUCUCCCACCACCCCUUCCCUCCACGUUAAUACUCCCUCUCACUCUCUCGCUGCUAUCUCAAAUGGCUCAUUCUCCAACCGCCGUCGCUUUUCUUCUUCUUCUCCUCCUCUUCUUCCUCUCGCCGGCGCUCUCUCUCACUUCCCCCUCCCUCCAAACGGCAUCCGCCUCGUCGCCGAAGAACAACUCGACGUCGUCGGGGAGCUCCUUUGCCCUCUCGACAUCCUUCCUCUCCACCCUCCGCUCUACACUCGAUGAGAUCCAAAAGCUCAUUUCCGUCCUCUCCACCUUCUCCGACGUCCUCGGCGGCGACCUCCGCCUCUCCUCCGCCGUCUCAGACUGCCUUGACCUCCUCGACCUCUCCUCCGACGAGCUCUCCUUGACCAUCUCCGCCUCCCAGCCCUCCACCACCUCCACCGCCGCCUCCGCCGCCGCCGAAGGUACCGGCAAGCGCCUCUCCGACCUCCGCUCCUGGCUGAGUGCCGCCCUCGGUAACCAGGACACCUGCAAGGAGUCCCUCGACGGGACCAGCAGCGUCGUCGGCUCCCUCGUCGGCGGCGGCCUCCAGACCGUAACCUCCCUCGUCGCCAAUGGCCUUCGUCAGGUUCCCGCCGGAUCCGGCCGGCGGAGGCUGAUGGGGAAGGCGAGCGAGGGGUUCCCGGCAUGGUUAUCGGCGGGGGACCGGAGGCUGCUGCAGGCGCCGGCGGGGGUGGCGGCGGACGCGGUGGUGGCGCAGGACGGGAGCGGGCAGUACACGACGGUGGGGGCGGCGGUGGAGGCGGCGCCGACGGAGAGCACGAAGAGGUACGUGAUCCACGUGAAGAGAGGAGUGUACAAGGAGAACGUGGAGAUCAAGAAGAAGAAGUGGAAUAUAAUGCUCGUCGGCGACGGCAUGGGCCAGUCCAUCAUCUCUGCAAGCCGGAACUUCGUCGACGGCUGGACCACCUACCGGAGCGCCACCUUCGCGGUCUCCGGCAAGGGGUUCAUCGCCCGGGACUUGACAAUUGAGAACACGGCGGGCCCAUCGAAGCACCAGGCGGUCGCCCUCCGCUCCGACUCCGACCUCUCGGUCUACUACCGCAGCAGCUUCCUUGGCUACCAGGACACCCUUUACGCCCACUCCCUCCGCCAAUUCUACCGCGACUGCCUCAUCACCGGCACCGUCGACUUCGUCUUCGGCAACGCCGCCGCCGUCUUCCAGAACUGCGUCCUCCUCGCCCGCCGCCCCCUCCCCGACCAGAAGAACUCCGUCACGGCCCAGGGCCGCAAGGACCCCAACCAGAAUACCGGCUUCUCGCUUCAAUUCUGCAACGUCUCUGCCGAUGCCGACCUGGCCGGGUUGACCAACUCGACCGCCAGCUAUUUGGGCCGGCCGUGGAAGGAGUACUCCCGGACCGUUUUCAUGCAGUCGUAUCUCGGGGGAUUGCUCCGGCCCGAGGGCUGGCUCGAGUGGAACGGGAACUUCGCGCUCGACACGCUCUACUACGCCGAGUACAUGAACUACGGGCCCGGUUCGGGGCUGGCCGGCCGGGUCAAGUGGCCCGGGUACCGCGUUCUAACCAACUCGGCGGACGCCGUUAAUUUCACCGUAGGUCAGUUUAUUGAUGGGAACCUCUGGCUGCCCUCCACUGGGGUCAAGUACACCUCUGGUUUGACGGCGUGACGAAUAUAAAAGAGUUUGAGGGAGGAGAAAGAAAAGUUGGUGGUGAGUUGUCGAUUUGUUUUGGAUUCUUUGGCAUGAUGCUGCACGUGUAUCGAUGUUGAGAUGUAAAUGUUUACCGCGUAUCUAGUUAUCGGUCCGGUAUUAAUUUCUAAUCAGUUUGCUCCUAAGGAGGAGAUGCGCAUGGAUUUAUAUGUAGAGGGAUAAGCUCACAUGAUAUGUAUUUACUGGUGCAAAGAAGACGUUUUUGAAUAAAGAGACGCAAUUGCGGCUAAA